AUGGUGUGCCACACGCUGCGGUCGCUAGGCAAGGCCAUGGUGCUCCUCCGACAGGGCAAGUGCUUCAAGUAUGGCUGCGGCGGCAAUAGUGCUGACCCCUACUAUGUCCUUGAGUCAUUCCAAAAUUUUGUUUUAAGAUUCGGGCUCUUUGAGAAUCUAAAUUUCGUAAAAGUUGUCGAAGGAUUGCUGCGGUGCAAGUCCUGGAACCCCUAUCUGUUCUGCAACAUUGAUGAUGCUCUAUUUGAUGAAUGGAUAAGAGCUCUCAAGUAUGACAAUUUGUACCCUACAUACAGGUCAGUUUUCAAGUGGAACCAAGGGCCAGUGUUCCUGGCAACUGAUAUAGAUGGAAUGCCGAUUAUUUGCUUUCUAUUUAGUGAGCAAAGGAUAUUGCUUGCUGUCAGGCUUCAAAUUGAUGAAGCUAAUGAUGAUGUUCUUAUUGACAUUAAACCUCAUAUGAGUUGGAAUUACAUAAAUGGGCAUUUUCCUCCUCUGAUAUGUAGAGAUAAAAGUCUUGUUGUAAGCUUGGCCAGGAAAAUAGUUUCUUUCUAUAGUUUGCUAUUAGGUGCAGAAAGGACAGGCAGGAAGCUUUCCACCGGAGUAUAUUGUGAAGUUGCUAAUGGAUCAGUUAGAACUGUGGGGGAACUUACUGUCUUAGCUAUGGUUGGUGAGAGAUUUGGGCGACAAUAUUUGGACUUACUGCCUGUUGGCGUAUCACUCCCUCUGCGUCACGCACUGGACAAAUGUCGUGAAUCUCCACCUACUGAUUGGCCCGCCUCUGCUUAUGUUCUGGUUGGCCGUGAGGACUUAGCUAUGGCAAAGUUGGGAUCCCUAAAAUCUCAAGAUGAUGUUAAUUUAACUUCCAUCUCAGUACCAUACAUGCUUCAUUUGCGACCUGUGACUUCUCCUUCAUUUGUUUCUGACAUCACAAGAUCAGAUUCUUUGAAUCCGGAGGACUCUGAUUCUCUUUAUAGGUCUGUGGAAGAUGGCAUGGAACAUAUUUUCAACUCAAGCACACAAUUGCGAUAUGGCCAUGAUCUGCGAUUCAAUGAGGUUAGACGGCUUUUAUGCUCAGCAAGACCUGUGGCUAUACAUAUGUCUGUUAAUCCUAGUGCGUCUAAUCAGGAUCUUCAACAGGUUUCAGACGUAUCUAGCGCUGUAAUAUUCAUCCACAACCUCAUUGCCUUCAGGUUCAACAUCUUAAUUGCCGAGGCUCACACGGUUGGAUCUGAUAUUAGAUUAUUAGCUUUGUUUUCAUUUUCUUUCUCUUGGGUUGAAAAGCUAGAAAUUGUUGUAUUGUGA